UCAAAAAAAUUAUAUUUCUUAUGACGAGAACAGAAAAUAAUGCAGAAAUUUCAAUUAUAGUAAAUUUUGUGGACUUUAAGCAAACAAAUGUGGUUAAAACUUUCGAAUACAUCAGCAAGGGGCAAAGAAGUUAAUGAAGAAGGGAAGGCCAAUAAUUAGACGAGUUAACAAGUCAUCAGUUAAUACAAAAAAAAAAAUACAAACUCUGUUGGAGAAUGUGUUAUGGCUACGGUACAACAUUCCCAAACGCUGGCGAGGAAAACCUCACUGACAAACAUUGAAAAACCUGAAAAGUCCACACUCAACUCUUUGUUACCUGCCAAUAAUGUCGUUGUCCAUGCGAAGUCCUCGACGGCCUCGCCAGCUGUUGAGGCUGUUAAUAAUGCCCAUAACUCUUGGGAGUCAUGUUACUAUUGUCCCCGAGAGAAUUUCAAGGCGGUAAAUGAGUUUGUCAAACAUUUACGGGAACGCCAUUGCACUCGAGAAGGCGGUUCCUUUGUCUGCCGAUAUGGCUUCAACGGCGUCUGCCCUUCUCUGCCGCUGGACGGUGUAUCGGAUCGUGACUAUGAUGCCCAUGUGGCCAAAUACCAUGUGAAUCAGCAGACUCGUGAAAUGCCUCCUGAAUGGUCGGUAUUUUCGGCGGCCCAAAACUUGCCGGCCGUUCUCAAUGAUCCUUCGCGUGGCAAACAAAGCAAUCUAUUCACCAAAAAGUGGGGUGUUGAUUUCGUAGAACGCAAUCAUGUGCCUGCCUCCCCCCGCAUACCCGAGGUGACCAUGAAUGAUUUUGAAAAGUAUAUGGGCAAAAUAGGCAAACGCUAUAAACGCCAUGAACGUUUGAAUAGCCAGCAGCAGGCUAUGACUUUGGAGGAGGCUUCGGCGGCGGCCGUAGCCUCAAAAGGCACCAGCGGCACUCUGCAUUCGACAGCCACUUCACAGGAAAUAAAUCUGAGCGAGAUACCGGAGAUUUUUCUUAAGGAGAACCUCAAUUUGCAGCAUGCCCCCACAUUUGGACAAGUUUUUCCCAAUGUCAUGCAAUCGCCUAGUGGUGCGGAGCGUAAACGCACAGGACGUCUUUUGCAAGAGCAAUUGUCACAUUACCUGGACAUAGUGGAGGUAAAGAUAGCGCAACAAGUGGCUCAGAAAUCUGCAGCCUUCUUUCAUGCCAUGACCUCACAGGAUGCCAUUAUGUGUGAAAUGCAAGAGGCAGCCAAGAGAGUAAAGGCUUUACGCUCCUCCUUGCGCUCUUUGAAUGAGACAGUGGUUAUAGAUACAUUCCGUGUUUUGCGAUACGCUCAAAGAAGGCAAAAUUUCGAGGAGGUGGUGGACAAGUUGUGUCUUAUGGCCACGGUACACAAAACCCAGCCAAUGCUGCAGCUGCUAUUGGGCACUCAGGACUAUGUGGCCGCCUUGGAUCUGAUAGGCACCACCCAAGAGAUACUAACGCAAGAGUUGAUAGGUGUACAUUGCUUCAAGCAUUUGCCCAUGCAGCUAAAUGAAAUGGAGAAGCUGAUAGAUAAGAUGUUGACCACAGAGUUUGAGCGCUAUGCCACCACGGAUUUAAAUAGGCCGCUUAGUGAUGUCCUAAAGGAGACGGACAGUGUGUGUGCCGAAGAGGAUAAGCUGGUUUGCAUAGUCAUGGGUUUGUUGAGAAUGAAAAAUUUCAGCUUUGUGGAGGCCUACAAGGAUGAGGCCAUAGUCACCAUAAAGGCCAUUAUAAAGCAGCUGGUUAUAGAAUUCAUAGCCACCAGUGAUGCCGAAAUCUGUUUGACGGGCGCCGGGGAGGAAGCUCAAAGUUUGACGGUGGGCGAGUGGAUAGCUUUGUUGGCCAAGGCCACAGUGGCUCUGUUGACCGUGUUGCAGCGCAUUCAGGCAGUUACCCAUAUAAUGAGACAGACCAUAGAUGCUGCUGCGGGAGGUUCUUGCAAGGCGGGAGGUGACAAUGCUGUAAAUCUUAUAGACUCCGAAGCCUUCCUCACCGCCUCGGAUCAGACGCAUGUUCAUGAGAAAUUGGAUGAGUUACUGGCAGCCGUAUGCCAUUAUUGUCAUGAACGCUGUGCCAAUUUGGUCAGCCAACAGAGUCUGGAGAAAACGGUGGCUACCACGGAGGAAUUGGCGCAACUCUCAUCUCUGGUUGAAGAUUUUGGUCAAGGUUGCGAGCUCAUAUGCGGCGUUGCCAGUGUGCCUUUGAAAGUGGCGGUCAAAGUUCAAGCUUCCAGAUUUGCCAAUCGUUUUCACUCGGAACGCAAACAAAAAUUGGCCUUGCUCUUGGACACCGAACGUUGGCGUCAGGUAGACAUUCCAAAUGAGUUUCAGAAAAUCAUAGAUCGCAUAGGGGAAAACAAAGAAUUCAGUGCAGCAGCGGCCAUAAGCAAUGGCCCUGUGGCCAAUGGCCAUGUGGGGGCAGUGACAUCAGUGGCCAAUCCGGUGUUGUUGGUGGAAUCCAAACCCUAUACGUUGGUGGCCUCCGCCUUGCUGCUGGUGCAAAUGUUGUGCGAAUAUUGUCGUUGUGCUCAACGCCUACCCAUAGUGGCGGGUUACUUAUCACGCAAUGUGGUGGAUUUGCUGCGCACCUUCAACUCCCGCUCCUGCCAAUUGGUCAUAGGGGCGGGGGCCUUGCGUGUGGCUGGCCUCAAGACAAUUACAAGCACAAAUUUGGCUUUGGUCUCGAGGGCCUUGCAAUUGGUGCUGUGGCUAUUGCCGAAAAUCAAAAGCCAUUUCCAGAGUCUGGAUGCCACAGCGGUGGCAGGAUUCGACAUCAUCGAAAGGGACUAUCAAGUACACAUUAAGGAAAUCGAAAAUAAAAUCUAUGGCAUAGUCAGUGAUCGUGUGGCAGCACAACUGGACUCGUGGGAUGCACGACCGCCCAUACCUUCUCAAUGUUUUCGCAAUAUUUCCAGGCAUUUGGUGAAACUGCACGAGGCCAUAGCCCCCAUAUUGCCGGAACUGCAAAUACAUGCCAUCUAUGGCAUAGUGCAUCGCAAUUUCAAGGACAAGCUUAGGAAGAAGCUGCUGGACUUGAACAUCUUGAACAAUGGUGGCCCUCAGCACGGUGUGGUAACUUCCGAAUUGACUUUCUACAUGGAGACAUUGCGCACGCUAAAGGCAUUGCCGGCCCCUGAAUUGGACGACAGCAUAAGAGAAAGCAUAUGGACUUUUUGAGUUUUCCUGCGUUAUUUCCUUUAUAGCUUUUAAGGCCCUAAGUAGUGUCCUUUUAUUUUAGUUUAUAUAUGUGUGUGGAGAAGAAGCAUUUUGUUCCAGAGCUGUUUUGUUAGAAAAAUUUCUGUUAAUUUUUUUUUUUGUUGUUUUAGUUCCUGUUUUUUUUUUUUGAUUUCUCCCCUUUAAGGAUUUUUUGUAUUAAAAUUAAAAGCUAACGAGCAAGGGAAAGGCAAAGGGAGUUGAAAGAAGUACAGCUUGAGAAAGCAGCUGCCAAGUUUAAAGCAACAACCGAGCAACAACAACAACAUCAAGCAUAGUAUUAGCCUAGAAUAAUGAUAAUAAUACUGAACUACGUUAACAACAACAACAACAACAAACACGCAAUUACUAAGCCACGUUUUAAGAUAGAAGAAAGAAACAAAAA